CAGUACCAAUCACUUCGAUUUCUACGAGACAGAAUGAACCAUGAGGAAAUAAUAAUGCACAUAGACUUCAGUGAAAACUAUAACUGCAAAUAUUCGUCUGAAAUCCAGAGCAUGCACUUCGGUGCCUCUCAGCGCCAAAUAUCACUACAUACAGGGGUCGCAUACGUAGCUGAAAAAACGUUUUCAUUUUGUACAGCUUCAGAUUGUCUGAAACAUGGUCUUGCAGCUAUAUGGGCCCAUUUACACCCAGUGAUAUCAAACUUGAAGGAAGAAUCUGGUGCAAAGAGAAUACAUUUCAUAAGUGACGGGCCAACAACUCAGUAUAGAAACAAACACAACAUGUAUUUCUUUUCUCAGAAGAUCUACCAGUAUGGAUUCGAGGGAGGAACUUGGAAUUUCCUAGAAGCUGCGCACGGAAAGGGGGCUGCCGAUGGUGUAGGUGCCGCUGUGAAGAGGCUUGCAGACAGAUCUGUUCUGGUAACUGGCAAGGACAUCAUGAGUGCCUCAGAUAUCAAAGGACUGGCGUCAGAAACCAAAGUGUCCCUGUACACAAUCUCUGAAGAGGAUAUCAGCAAUAUAGAGGCCGACAUUCCCUCCAACAUCAAGCCUAUUCCAAAAACAAUGCAGAUACACCAGUUGGUGACCAAGACUCGUGGUAAUGUCCUUCAUCGAGUACUAUCAUGCUUCUGUGGGGGAGAGUUUUUGGAAUGUGUCUGCUUUACACCAAGUACCACAGUAUUCAACAUAGAGGAAGCAGUCCGUGGGAGGGAUUCUGCACCAGGCCCAGUUGGUGAUUCUGUACCAGGUCCCGUUGGUGAAUCUGUACCAGGCCCAGUUGGUGAUUCUGCACCAGGCCCAGUUGGUGAUUCUGCACCAGGCCCAGUUGGUGAUUCUGUACCAGGCCCAGUUGGUGAAUCUGUACCAGGUCCCGUGGGUGAAUCUGUACCAGGUCCCGUUGGUGAUUCUGUACCAGGCCCAGUUGGUGAUUAUGUACCAGGUACCGUUGCUGAUUCUGAACCAGGUCCCGUUGGUGAUUAUGUACCAGGCCCAAUUGACGAUCAAACAGUUCAGGAAAUAUCUGCCGCUCCAGGACCUUUAUCUGUCGGCGUCCAUGCAUCAGACCAAACCAGCGACCAUCUGCCCUCUGCUAAACUUGUAAAAGUUGAUGUUGUAGACGAGUCUCUUAUAUCCCGACACUGCGUGGUGUCUUAUGAUAACAUUCCCUUUUCUGGUAAGAUAGUCGAUGUGGAUGAUGAUGAGGAAGUAGAGGUGAGUGUGAUGCACAAGAUUGGAAGGAACCGGUAUUUCUGGCCCGCAAGGGAAGACCGACUAUGGUACCCCAAAGAGAUGAUCGUUACUCUGUUGCCUGAUGCUCCGGGACAGGUCACGAAACGGCAUUCCGAAAUAGACCCACACAUUUGGGCUCUCAUUGAAAUAGAUAUGGAUCUGGUCUGAAUGAAUUGAUGUUUCACACAUGAAAUAAAAAUUGAAGAGUUGUACUAAA